ACACAAAACGGAUACAAAAAAUUUUUUCGUCUAUAAGACAAUCAAACAAUCACAUUUAGUAAUCACAAUCAAUUUUAAUAAACACAAACGAAUUGAGAGACAAUCAAGGUAAAUCUCACAAGUCAGAUUCAAAAACAAUUUUCAAUGUGUCAAGCAGGAGAGAACCACGCUCUGCUACCAUGUUACGAUUCACAAUGAUUUUAUUUAGGCAUGUGACUGUGUUUAUAUACAAGAGAAUAUGACUCGUCCAUAAAGGACGUAUGCUUAGACAUUUUCAUGCAACAUAUUUCCUAAAUUAUUUUUUGAUAUCUUAUCCAAAUCCAAAUAAAGUUUUUGAUUUUUCCCCGUUCACGGCAACAGGAUUAUCAUCAUCAUGUUAGUGGGUAUGUCAAUUCAGGCUUAUCCAAUCCAUAUGCGGUGAUAACAUAGAUAAAGAAAAAAAGACAAGGACAGGACUUUUUUUAUUCAUAUCCAAGUUAAUAUUAAUCUACAUUACUACAGAAUGCCUUAUGUACCGAAACUCGAAGAUGAAUUCUAUCUACAGAAUGAUCCAUUUUUUCAUCCAAAAUUAGAGAUUAACAAUGACGAAAGAAAAACUAAGAUUUUCAAUCUGGUCGGUGAAUUUCUGAUCCCAAAACAUAACGUAGACCGUUUAGUCAAACAAUUUGGUGAUGAAAUUGAUAAACCGUUAAAUGGUGGACCACCUGAUCCGCAAGGGUUUCCCAUGAUUAAUACAUUUGUAACAAAAUUUCCCACCAAUCAAGAAAGUGGCCAUUUUCUUGGCCUAGAUAUUGGUGGAACUAAUCUAAGGAUAGCAAGCGUUCAUUUGGAACCAGGCCAUCCUGAUAAUGGUAAACGAAUCAAUUUGGAAAAUUUUCCUGUUCCGAUUGAAUGUCGCCAAGGUGAAAGUAAAAAAUUUUUCGAUCAUCUUGCCAAAUCGAUUGGUAAUUUUCUACAAAAACAUUUCCCACAACAAACGGAAACAAUUGUCUUAGGUUUUACUUUUUCAUUCGGUUACGAUCAAUUAUCAAUUAAUCAUGGUCGAUGUGUACAAUUCGGCAUACAAACUAAUCUGCCCGAUGCUCUGGGAAAAUGUCCUGCUCAAUUAUUACAAAGUUCAAUCGAUUCUGCUGGAUUACCUGUAAAAGUUGCUGUUCUAGCUAAUGAUUCAACAACAACAUUGAUCUACGGCCGAUUUUUCGAUCCGGAAACACGAGCAUCGAUGAUUCUAGGCUCCGGUAGUAAUGUUGCUUAUAUUGAAAAAGUCGAACGAGAUAAACGAAUUAAAGAUCCGGUUCAAGCUUUCGGCUACAAACCUACCGAAUUCAUUAUAAACAGUGAAUGUGUAUUGUAUGGUGAUUAUCAUCAGAUAGAUUUUGCCAAAUCUCGUUACGACAUGGAAUUGGAUUCAAAAUCAUUGAUUCCGAAUAGCUAUACAUAUGAGAAAAUGCUUGGCGGUGCAUUUCUUGGUGAAUUAUUUCGAUUGGCUUUAGUCGAUCUGAUCAAAAAUGGUUUAUUAUUACGGGGAAAGUUGACCACCAUGAUAGAAAACCCGAAUUCGAUUGCAACACCAGUCUUGUCUUGUAUCGAUUUUGAAUUGGUUUCCUCCUGUUAUCAAUCAUUCGAACAGAUUGAUUCGAUGCUCAUCCAUCGAUUCGAUUAUCAAUCCGAUGAUAUUGAACCGGACGAUCGAAAAAUCAUUGCCUAUGUUUGUCAAUUGAUUACCAUUCGUUGUGCUCUUCUUUGUGCUAUUGAAUUAGCACCAUUUAUUAACCGUAUGGAUGAACAAGUCGUACACGUUAGUUGCGAUGGAUCAUUAUUUUCGAAACAUCCAAAGAUGGAUCGAUUGAUCAAUGGAUUUCUAAAGGAAUUAUGUCCAACAAAACGAACAAAGGUAUUCGCUACUCAAACGGGUGGCGUGAUUGGUUCGGCCAUGUUGGCCGCUUGCUAUCACCAUGAUAAUGGUCAUUGUAAUCGUGUGGUUUCAAAAUCAAAACCUAAUCCAUCGCCGGAAAUGGCAAAUUCAACAAUCGAUGACAAAUGUCCAUCAUCAUAUCGUAUGGAGAUUGUGUGGAGAAAUAUAUUUUUAAUGAUCAUAUUACAUGUGGCUAGUGUUUAUGGUGGAUAUCUGGGCAUAUUUCAUGCCCGAUAUCGAACCGUCAUGUUCAAUUAUCUGUACCUUAUUCUCACUGGUUUAGGCAUUACAGCCGGUGCACAUCGAUUAUGGGCUCAUCGAUCAUAUGAAGCGACAACAACACUUCGUAUCAUUCUAAUGCUCUUCAACUGUGGUGCCCUACAAAAUGAUAUACUUGAAUGGAGUCGCGAUCAUCGUGUCCAUCAUAAAUUUUCCGAAACCGAUGCUGAUCCUCAUAAUUCACGACGUGGAUUCUUCUUUGCUCAUAUCGGAUGGUUAUUGUGUCGUAAACAUCCUGAAGUCAAAAAUAAAGGUCGAACUGUUUCUCUCAAAGAUAUUGCCGAUGAUCCAGUUGUGCAAUUUCAACGUCGUUAUUAUAAACCAUUGGCCACAUUAUUCACCUUUAUAUUGCCAUCAAUUAUUCCUUGCGCUUGUUGGAAUGAAGAUCCAAUCAUAUCCAUAUUUGCUUCGAUGACUAGAUAUACUUUACUAUUGCAUGCUACAUGGUUGGUGAACAGUGCGGCACAUCUCUGGGGAAAUCGUCCAUAUGAUAAUGGAAUCCAGCCAGUUGAAUGUAAAUUGGUCGAGAUUGUAGCACUUGGUGAAGGUUACCACAAUUAUCAUCAUAUCUUUCCAUUCGAUUAUUCUGCAUCCGAAAUGACCUGGUUGAAUGAUAUCAAUUUUACAACAAUGACCAUUGAUUUUCUAUCAUGGUUAGGUAUGGUGAAAAAUCGUAAAAAAGUGGAUCAUCAAACAGUGGCUAAACGUGUACAACGUACAGGUAAUAUACAAUUAUAUGGUCUUUAUCAACAACAACAUCAACGAUCAUGGUGGCGUCAUACACCAUUGACCAUUAUGUUUAUGUUAUUUUCACCUAUAUUGGCCCUAUACAUCUAUCGAAGAUUCAUUUCAUAUUUAUAUUAUCUUUAUUUUCAUAUCGAAAAUCGGUGGCCAUAAUAC